ACGCCUGCUUUCUGCCACGUGCUUUACAAGUUCAACGUGAUUGGAGCGCUUGCAACCUUUCGUUUGAAAGACUGUGAUGGAACAGUAAACGAGUACUUUCUGGCUUCCCGUGUGACAUUAGCAGGAACAAUAAUUAAAUUCCUUGAACGAUGUUUGUCGCGCGUAGCAUCGCAGCAGAUCACAAAGAUCUGAUCCACGAUGUUUCCUACGAUUUUCAUGGGCGGAGAAUGGCUACGUGUUCCAGCGACCAAAGCAUUAAGGUGUGGGACAAGGCUGAUAAUGGAGAAUGGAACUGCACAGCUAGCUGGAAAACUCACAGUGGCUCGGUUUGGAGAGUGACAUGGGCUCAUCCAGAGUUUGGACAGGUGUUGGCAUCUUGCUCUUUUGACCGUACUGCAAUAGUAUGGGAGGAAAUUGUUGGAGAGUCCAAUGACAAACAUCGCGGACAAAGCCACUGGAUAAAGAGAACCACACUUGUGGACAGUCGCACAUCUGUGACUGAUGUGAAGUUUGCACCGAAGCACAUGGGCUUGAUGCUGACAACGUGUUCUGCAGAUGGGGUUGUACGAAUCUACGAGGCCCCUGAUGUGAUGAAUCUCAGCCAAUGGUCCCUGCAGCAUGAGAUCUCUUCUAAAUUCCCUUGCUCCUGCAUCUCCUGGAACCCUUCCAGUUCUCGGGCUCACGCACCUAUGAUCGCUGUAGGUAGUGAUGAAAGCAACGUGACAUAUGGUGGCAAAGUUCAGAUAUAUGAAUAUAAUGAAAUAACAAGGAAAUAUGCCAAAGCUGAGACACUGGUGACAGUUACUGAUGCUGUCCAUGAUGUUGCGUUUGCUCCGAACCUGGGACGGUCUUUUCACGUGCUUGCUGUUGCCACCAAAGAUGUGCGCAUCUUUAAAUUAGUUCCUCUUAGAAAGGCAGAAAGCUCCUCUGCUGCUCUUACUAAAUUUGAGGUGCAGGUGCUGGCCCAGUUUGACAGUCAUAACUCUCAGGUGUGGCGUGUGAGUUGGAACAUUACUAGUACGAUCCUGGCUUCCUCUGGUGAUGAUGGGUGUGUGAGACUCUGGAAAGCAAACUACAUGGACAAUUGGAAAUGCACCGGUAUUCUAAAGGGAGAUGGUAGUCGAGUGUUUGGGACGUCUAAUCAGCCUGCUGCUCUUAGCACUUCUGCACAGAGUGCUUUCAACACAGCUACUGGAAGAUAGAUCCUUUACUACUAACUGGACUGGUCUAAGGUCCAUAUUGGGGACAUGUGGUGCACUGCAUCUUAGGAUAUCACAAUUAUGGGGACCAACUGAUUGUGCUUGCUGGGUAUGCAGAGAGACAAACACUUAACAUUGGACCACUGGAAAACUGUUAUAAACUUUGCCUUAUGUUUCUGUUGACUAUACUUUCUUUUGUUGUGGGCAUAAGGCUGUUUCAAAAUGUAAUAAAUUAAUGUGUUUAAUGGGAGCUUAUUGUGUUCAAUCAAUGAUUUAAACACAAUUCUUUUGAGGGUGAUGUUUCUCAUUGUUUUUUCAGUUUAUGAAUGCAAAUUGCAUAGUAUCUUUCCCCACUGUUGAACUGAAGUUCUUUCAAGUGCUAUUUUUAUACAUCCAAGAAUCAACGCCUGUAAAAUUUGGGAAGAUAUGUAGAAUCCUGCUGUUAUAUUAACAUAUUAUUGUUUUGUUGUAUUAUGGAUGGUAUACUUCAGAAAUUAUCCUUAGGCAGUAUUGCAUAUGUUUUACAAACUGGAUUUUGUCUUUGACUUGUGAGACUAUGAGUAGUUCUCUUUGCUGGGUUACUGAUGCUAUAUUUGUCAUAAUCUUGCUGCUUAAUGGCUUUUGCCUAGUAAUAAAGAUGGUAGUGCCUUCAAUUAAAUUGUAGAUACUCAAAUGUUAUGCAAUCUAUUCACUACUGUGUAAAGGGAAGUGUAUCAACUGCUGUAGUGUAUAUUAAAUUAACCCACGUCUGCAUUUAUCCACGUUUUUGUCCCAUUGGGUCACUUUAUAGUAUAUGCUAUAUGAUAUUAUGAUUUGCUAUAUGAUCCCUUCAGAAGCAGCUCGUCCAUGUCAAGUCUGGGACAGUGCAGUGAAGUUUAGUAAACAGCUGCUCUCACUCUCAGCUGUUCUGUGGAUCUGCUGUAGAGACUGUAUAUCUCCUGUUGUACAUUUCGCAAUAUCU